AUGACAACCCUCCCAACAACAUCCACAACCCCCGCCCUAAUCAUCGGCGGCGGCCCCAGCGGCCUCACAACAGCCCUCCUCCUCGCAUCGCACGGGAUCCGCAGCACCAUCGUCGAGCGGCACAUCGAACGCACAACAUCCUCCCUAAAAGCCCACGCGAUCAACCCGCGCUCCCUCGAGAUCUUCCGGCAACUGGGCCUCGAUACCGCGCGGCUUCGAAGCGAGGGGAUACCGCCGGCCGAUGGCGAUACGGUGCGCUUUGCGGUUAGUAUGGCGGGGAGGGAACUGGGGAGUUUGCCGUAUGAGAGGCAGGGUGAGGAGACGCUGAGACUUACGCCGGAGCCGUUGUUCAAUGUUCCGCAGCCUGUGCUCGAGAAGUGGCUUUUGGAUGCUGUGGAGGGGAGUGAGUUGGUGGCGUAUUACCAGGGGGUGCAGUGGGAGGAUUGUGACUCUUCCUCGGAGAAGGUCGAAAAUGGCGAUGCCCGAGCAACGCUCACCUCAACCCUCACAGAUCGCACCGCAAGCACCACCCACACAAUCACCAGCAACUACAUCCUCGACUGCAGCGGCGCACACUCACGCGCCCGCGCCAAGCUCGCCAUCCCCUUUGAGCCGCUACCCGAAUAUAUCCAGAACGAGGUCCACCACGUCUCCGUGCACAUCCGGGCCGAUCUCCGCAAGUUCAAGCCCGCGACGCUGUUGUGGGCGGUGUCGCCGCGCGUCGAGGGGACGUUCAUCUGCUAUGGGCGCAGCACGGAUUGGAUGUUUGUGACGUAUUAUGACCCCAACGUUACCCCGCGCGAGAGGUUUUCGGACGAGGUCUGUCGGGAGAUGGUGGAUGAUGCCAUCGGCUCAAAAGUCCCCUACGAAAUCCAAUCCAUAACCGUCUGGUCAACGUGGCCCCGAACAGCCGAAACAUACUCAUCGCCCCGCUUCCCCUCUGCCGCAUUCGUCGUCGGCGACGCCGCGCACGCAUUCCCCCCAACAGGCGGCCUGGGCGUGAACACGGGCAUCGCAGACGCGCAUAACCUCGUCUGGAAGAUUGCGGCUGUUGAGAAGGGGUGGACGGAUACGGACACGGACACUUUCAACCGCAAUGGCCAUACCAAGGGCGGUGCUCGUGCUGGCGGUGGAGGACUGUUGUCAUCAUACAAUACCGAACGCCGCCCCAUCGCCGUUGCGAACGCGCGGCAGAGCGUCAAGAACCAGGUGAAGCUGCAUGCGCUCAAGGAGGCGCUCAGGGAUCCGCCGGAUGUUGAGGCGGGUGAGGAGUAUGUGCGAUGGAAGGGGAGGCUGGAUGCUGAGCUGGAGAGUAACCGGGAGCAUUUUGAUUCGAUUAAUUUGCAGAUUGGCUAUGUUUAUCCUAGUCUCGCAAAGGGACGAGGAGGAGAUGGGCAGGGAGAAGAGGGGGAAGGAGGUGGAAGCUUGCUCCGGUCGUGCAAUGUUUACGUCGCCAGUGGCGUCCCUGGUGCACGAUUACCGCAUACGUGGGUCUCGCUCCCGGGCAAGAAGAUCAAGGGAGCGGUCUCUGUGCUUGAUCUCGCCGAGGGGACCUCCUUUACGCUCUUUGUAUCUUCUGGGCCGGAGAAUGAGUCUGGCCUUUCGGCUGUGAACGUGGAGAAAUUGCGGGUACCCAUCCGAGUUCUUCGCCUGGGGGUCGACUUUGAUGUUGUGGAUGCAGAGUGGGUGGAUCUUGUCGGGCUCUCCGGGGAUGGCCAAGGGCAAGAAAAGGGACUCUUGGUGCGGCCGGAUCAGCAUAUCCUAGGGAAUGUAGGUAGUGUGGAAGAUGUAGAGACGCUUCUGGGGGCCCUACUGGCGGGAUGA